AUGGAUACUAUGACUGAGUUCAAAUUCAACGAACAACAGGCAUGGAACUCAAUGGUGAAACCAAUCGAUGUCUUUGGAAGAAUUAAACGUAGAGCCAACACGCGUCAAGCACAAUGUAACUGUGAAUCCCAAUCUCAAGGAUGCCCAGCUGGACCACCAGGACCACCAGGUCAGCCUGGAGCACAAGGAGAGCAAGGACAUGUUGAAGUUUCUGGACAACCAGGAGCACCAAGACCACAAGGACCAGCCGGAGGACCAGGACAACCAGUACAAUCUGGUGGAUCAGGAGCCUCAGGAGCACCAGGACAGCCAGGGCAAGCCGGUGCACAAGGAACUCCAGGAGCGCCAGGAAACUCUGGAUCUCCAGGAGGAGAUGCUGCUCAUUGUCCAUGCCCAUCUCGUUCCGUUGUAGUUCGUAAACAUCGCAAGGUCUUCCGCAAGCGUGUUGACAAGGUUUCAGCUUAG